AUGGGAAAUUCUAUAGAGUCUUCCAAGAUUUGCUCGCAUGAUUUCGACGAAAUUCGUAAUAUAUUCCAAGACCUCUUCAACCAGUAUGACAUACCCUACCCCGCAUCCGGGUCAGUCCCCCUUGACUCCAGCUACUUUUCCGACUGCUGCGCCUAUGCACUUUCAAAGGGUUACACUAUCACUCGGUCGUCCCAGAUAUUCCGCUCCAUCCAUGUUGGCUCGGUGAUGGGUCAGAUUGCGUAUGGACACCUCCCGGACCGCGCUUCACAGAUCUACAUGGCCAUGUUCACCGGCGUCCUUGUCGUUAUUGACACACUUGCACAGUUCGACGUAGAGCGCGUCCGUCCGUUCUACGGGUGCUUCAUCAAUGGACACACCCAGCCAGAUCCUGAGCUCGAACUCGUCGCGCAGACUCUUCGCGACGCCACGAAACUGUAUCCUCCUGUUCAGGCAGCGAUGAUCGUCAAUUCCGCACUCACAUUCAUUAACGGAAGUGUGAUUGAAACUGAGUUGCGCAAUUUGAAGCUGUCCUCGGACGCACCAGAGUACCCGUACUUUGUGCGAGCGCUGACAGGCAUCGCCGAAGCCUAUUCCAUCAUAGUCUUCCCUGCCGCCGUCCCACUGGAGAUAUACAUCCAGGCGCUUCCUGCCCUUGGGAUCUGGAUCAACGCGACCAACGACGUCCUCUCCUUUUAUAAGGAGGAACUUGAGGGCGAAAACAAUAACUACGUUUCCCGAGUCGCCCAUUCGAGGGGAAUCAGCAAAAUUAAUGCUCUGCGUUCCAUUGCCGAAGAGGCGAUCAGUGCGGACCGCCGGGUACAUAAAAUCCUCGGUGCAGACAAGCAGAUGGGCGAGAUAUACGCUAAGUUCAGGGAAGGGUACACGUUGUUCCACGUUGCUUCGAGCCGGUACAGACUACAUGACCUGAGUCUAUGGGAGCACACGUAA